AAUUAUUGUGCCUGUUCUUUUCUGCCUGCAAUCGCUCAAUUAGGCAAGUAACUCUACAUAGAAAACAAAAUUCAUUUUUUUCAGAAAGGCUAUAACUGCUUUACGGGACUGAUGAUCAAUUGAACCCCGAGACACUUUGGGGUGGAACUAGGUUACACUUGCAACCGCCAAUGGCUGAGAACAAAUUAACACAACUUAUCUCGAAUGAUACUCGGAUACCCUGCAUUUUACCACAUGACAAUACUUACACAAUCCAAGUAGGUGAUAACCGGUUUUUAUUGAGCGGUGCUUCAUUGUCUUAUGAUUCACCGUCAUAUUUAACUGAUUUCUUCCUAGAGAAUAAAGGAACAAAAACAUUAACGCUUGAUCGUUCCCCGAAAGUUUUUGAAAAGAUAUGCACACAUCUACAAGGAUACAGCAUCGAAAUUGAAGAUGAUUACGAAUUCAUAUAUUUGCUGCUGGAUGCUAGCUACUUUCGUCUCCGUAAAUUAAAGGAAAGACUACUUAUGGAACCGUUUCACAUAACGGUUGGAGGAAAAAAGUUCAAGAUACCAAAAGAAAUUCUCACUCAAAAGGGAAAUUAUCCCAACUACUUUAGUAUUAUUUAUCACAGCUUAUUGAUCGAUCCUUUUGUGUCAAAUGACCUUUUUAUAAGGCCCCCACCUUUGAAUCCUUACGAAUCUCAUAGGUCUUCUUUACUUUUUGGAGAGCUACUAUACGGAUUAUAUGGGAAUGAGAUAGAGAUUAGGAGUGAGGCUCACCGAAGGGAUCUUUUGAAAGAAUGCAGAUAUUAUCAAUUUUUUGCUCUUGAGCAACGACUUAUAAAGUGUAAAAUUUACCAAAAUCCAUUCACUAGAAGAGAAGAAAUUGUUAUCAAUUACAAAUCCGUUAAGGGUUCCGGCUUACUCAAUGAGACUAAUGGUUUAGUGGGAGGUCCUGAUAAUGGAUUUGCUUUUAUUAAAUAUUCCCGACCAUUCGUGGAUGGAAAUAUCUUUAGAGAUUUGAUCAUUCAAAUCGAUUCCGCAGACGUCGACUUGAUGGUAAAUGUAUCAUUGCGUUUUACCAGCUUGUUGAUUUUAGGUGAAACUGCAACGACACUAAAAAACCUUCUUGCCAAAGUCACAGACGACUAUAUAUAUGAAAAUGAAGGAGGUGUGCAGAAACUAAAUGUCCUUAUUAGAAUGUCGGACAGCGUUGGGAAGUUGAAUGGAUUGGACAUGGAAAGCGGAUGGCUAGAUACUUUGAUCAAGGUAAAUGGCGAAGGUACAGACGAUAAAGCAAGUAUUCCCGGAGAAGACAAUAAAAUUGUCGUGAUCAAGCUUUUGAAAUCUCAAUGGAAAAUAAGUGUUCAGGGAAGGAAAAAGAUCUGGAUGGAUGGCUUAAAGUUUGAAGGCUUUUUAGAUACCACUCACUUUAAUCAAAGUAGAGGUAUGCUUUAAUGAAAGGGCAGUUUCCGCAUGUAACGACAUUAUUUUUUUUUUUAAUUUAAGUAUACAA